ACCAAUGGGCGACAUACCCUCCCCUGCCUUCCCUCACCUCGACCCUACUGUACCUUUCUUGCUCUCCCUCGGCUCUUCGCGCGAUUCCCGCAUAUGCUGCCACGUGUCCCUUCGUUGCUAAAAUCCUUGGGGUUGGAAUAGCGAAACCCUCAACUGCCGCACAUCCUGCGCUGCGAUCCCUUCAGCGGCUACCUUCUAAUCUCCUUCAGCUGGUACUUAUUUCCUUCAGCGCCGCACACGCUACUAAUCUUCGUACUUCCACACAGCCUGCACGUGUGUUGGUACUUUUCGAAGACCAGUCGUGCUCUGCUGCUGCCGCUGCUACACGAAUUUUGAGGCACCUCACCGCUACACUGAGCCCGAGUUAUUUAGAGCGCUCUCUCCGGCCGUACCCAUGGACGCGUUAAAGAAAGAGCUCGAGAAAAAGCGCAAGGCGUUCCAAGCGGACUUCGGCAACCGUCGAUUCGUCGCGCGCGGCGAGAUCGAACGGAAGAAGAUCGAGCAGCUGCGGCAGGAGGAGGAGAAGGAGCGCGAGCGGAAACGGGCCAAGCAGCAGACCGCCGACGCGGGAGCCAAGGGUUCCGGCGCAACCGGCGGGAAAAGCGGCGGAGCUAGCGCGUCCAAAACCGUGGCUGUAACUGCCGGUACGUCCGGCACGGGAAUCGAUAAGGAGACGGAGGACCGGAUAGACUCGCUGGUGCUCCCACGUGCGGAGGUAAUUAAGCGGCUGCGCGUUCUCAGGCAUCCUAUAACGCUCUUCGGCGAGGACGACGAGGCGCGGCUCGCUCGUUUGAAGCACGUGAUGAAAACGGGGGAGGUGGAUCCGGACGGGGAGUUACUGGAGGGGCAGCAGAACGAUUUCCUGCGCGAUAUGGCGGAGCUUAAGAAAGGCGGGGGGGGCGGGGGAGCGCGCGCGAAGAAAGACUCGCGGAAAGGGGACGCGGAGAAGAAGGAUGGUGGAAAGGGGGAGGACGGGGGGAGGGACGGCGGCGGAGGGGACGGGGGCGGCGCAGAGGACGAGGGCCAAUCAGAAGAAGAGGACGACGUGGACUCGGCGCGCAUGCGCGCGAACUUCGAGGAUCUAUGCGAGGAGGAUAAGAUCUUGGUGUUCUUUAAGAAGCUGCUGAGGGAGUGGCAGCAGGAGCUGGACGCGAAGCCCGAGGCGGAACGGCGGACGGUGAAGGGCAAGUCGGCGGUGGCGACGUUCAAGCAGUGCGCGCGGUACAUCGACCCGCUCUUCAUCAUGUGUCGCCGCAAGCAACUGUAUGAGGACAUCCAGGCAGCGCUCCUCUACAUGGUGGGCAAGUGCCGGGAGCGAGACUAUCUGGCAGCCAUGGACAAAUACAUCAAGCUCUCCAUCGGGAACGCGCCGUGGCCCAUCGGCGUCACCAUGGUGGGCAUUCACGAGCGGUCUGCCCGCGAAAAGAUCCACGCGAGCUCCGUGGCCCACAUCAUGAACGACGAAACCACCCGGAAAUACCUGCAGUCGGUUAAGAGGCUGAUGACGCUGUGCCAGAGGAGGUACCCCGCGCUGCCUUCCAAGGCGGUGGAGUUUAACUCGCUUGCGAAUGGGAGUGACCUAGAGGCGCUGUUGCAGGAUGAGGAGAGAAAAGCUGCUGCUGCAGGGGGGGGAGGGGGGGGAGGGGCGGAAGGGAAGGCUGGGGAAGGGAUCAAGUUGCGGAUAACAGCAGCAGGAGAGGAUGGGGAGAGGCAGAGAUGAUCGGGAGGGGAAAGUGGACGGGGGACGGUGGGUGGAAGGGAAGGUGUAUGGAGGAGGAGAAGGUUGGGAGGGAAGCAGUGGUGGUGUGUGGUGGAAGGAAUCGGUCAUUGCUACGACAUAUCCAUGAUCCAUCUGUUUCUCAGUGCAUUGUUGAUUGUCUGUAAACCCGGAAGGCCUGGUUGAUUGCAUUGCAGGAUUGCUGUUCGGUGCAAAAACCAAUACGGGGUACUUCGGUGCAAAAGCAGUGCACGUGGUUCUCAUUCAUUAGGAAGCAGUUG